AUGGCUGUCAAAGUUGAAAUGAGUUCAUCGCAAAGAGAAAUACCACAGCAGGUUAGACUACCACCAAUUUCUAUGUUGGUACCUGCAACAUAUGUACAAGAACAGUUGUAUCUACCACCGCUGGCGGCUCAGCAGCAGCAGCAGCAGCAGAAACAGGACGUGAAAGAUGGACUGAAUCCAGUUAUUCGAUUAAGGAAACAGUGUCCUGUGUGUGGUAAAAUUUGUUCGAGACCUAGUACUUUAAAGACACAUUUUCUGAUCCACACUGGUGAUACACCAUUCAAGUGUACGUGGCAAAACUGUCAGAAGAGUUUCAACGUCAAGAGCAAUAUGUUAAGACAUUUAAAGAGUCAUGAGAGGAGGUUAGCAAAGCAAACCUCACAGACGAAUCAAAGGUUUUAA